CAAAGAAAAAGAAAUUAUUAACUCUCGUCGGAAAUCCUAGAAUCUCAUCCAUGUCAACCUCGCCGAACAAAUUCACUGCCGCCAACGGUGGCUCCAUGCGGCGGUCCGGCCGACUUCAACUUCGUGCUCCUGCUUCCUUAAAGAUCAAUCCUGUUUCCAGCUGGAAAAUUGCGAUCCCUCUCUUAUCUCCGCUGGCAUCUUCGCCUCCCUCGAUUGAUCGGAAGCAAGAGCCACCUCGUGAAGAACACCAGCCGCGACAGAUCCAGAGAACGGAGCCCGAGAAGCUUGUGUUCAAGAUGUGGCAGCAUCCAGCAGCACCGUUUUGUUGCGAGCCGGCACCGUUCGUGCCGUCGUUCGUGCCGGUUUAGUUUCAUACACGAAGACGAAAAGUAGUAGUUAGAUCUAACGGCGUGUGUUCGUGUUUUGUUCCAUUUUUGUAUAAUCUGUUCAUAUUAUUAUACUUUUUUUUAAAAAAAUGUACACAGUUGUGCAUUUUCUCCA